UUGUUAACGCUCAGAGAAUUUUGUUCGUUUGUAUCAAUCAUUGGAAGAUUUUGUAGACCUGAACCGAGCGAUGUCGAUGGCGAAGACGAAGAUCUGUUCACGGAAUCGUUGACUCCUCUCCGGAAGUCUAUCGUCCAGUUAGCUUCUGAUCUAAGAGAUAGUUACUUGACCACCAUUGCAAAUGUCGAAGUUUUCGAAGCCGAAUUACUUUGUUGCUCAACCCUGGACGAAGUGAAAGAGAAGCUGCGGGAGCUCGCCGAUAGCAUAUCACCUUCCGCUAUUGUUAAGCGAGUGGAAUUCAAAGUUGCUCUGCAAACAGGUCAGCACUCUUGUAUGAUUUUGGACCGAUGGAAACAGCGAUUGGCUGAGUGUCACAAUGUUUCCGGUGUACAGCUUCUUCGAAGUUAUCUUGACUCACGUAUUGAUUGGAAGCAAAGUAUCAUUGAAAAGGUUUGGAGAUUUAUUUUUUGUUCAAAAAUUCCAGUUUUUUCUCAUUCGUAUCCUGAUAUAAAUGGAAAUAAGCCCUUAGAGGGAUGA